CACUUCACCAUUUCCAUCACACCCAACAUUCUCUCGAAAGCGCACACAGCCUAAUUUCCCAAACCAUUCAAGACUUUUUGGUGUCAUUGAAAUGGCUUCAAAGGCACUAGCUUCAACUACUCUCCUCCUCACCCUCAACCUCCUCUUCUUCACUCUAGUCAGUUCCAAUUAUGUCCCAUGCCCACCACCACCAUCAAAAACACCCAGCCACCACCACUACCCAUCUCCUCCUCCAAACCACUACCCAUCUCCUCCACCAGCCAAGGCCACUUGCCCUACAGACACCCUUAAGUUGGGUGUGUGUGCCAACUUGCUCAAUGAUUUGGUGCACCUAGUCGUCGGAACCCCGGCGAAGACUCCUUGCUGCUCCCUCAUUGGGGGACUUGCUGAUCUUGAAGCUGCUAUUUGCCUUUGCACUGCCAUUAAAGCUAAUGCCUUGGGGAUUAAUCUUGAUGUUCCUGUUUCUUUGGGCUUGUUGCUGAAUUACUGUGGAAAGAAAGUCCCCACUGGCUUCCAAUGUGCUUAGAGCUGCUUUUGUUUAUUUCUCUCACAAUGUAUUGUAUUUACAAUAACUAAUUAUGGGUAUUGGAAUGAAUAAUUUCUUCAAAGGAAAAAAUGUAAGCAAUGUGUAAUGGGUUCUAUUGGAAGGGUUGAUCCCAUCACUAUAAGAAAAAUUAUUGUCUUGCAAUUUCCAUUUCUCA